UCGCCUUCGAAAUCGUCAGCUCAAACAGCUUCGUUUCUAUAUCGGAGGCCGUAUACUUCGCCCUGCACAGCAUCAUGAACGCCUUCACCUUGGUCGUCGCUUGCCUUCUGGUGGCUGGAGCCCACUGCAGCGCCAUAGUGACCUAUGGCAUUCCAGCCACUUAUUCGGUGGAGCACCGUUCCGUGAUUCACCAGCCCGUGGUGUACCAGACUGCGGCCAGGACCCCCGCGGUGGCGCACCACAAGGAGUUGGUGCACGUGCCGCACCACGAGUACGGUUACACCGUCGAGCAGAGCAAGCUCGUCCAGCCAAAGUCCACCGUCGUCCACCACGACCCACUUACCGGCCUGCCCUACCAGCAGACCGACUACCACCACGCCCCAGUGGUCACCAGUUCCCGAAGCUCCGUGCACCACAGCCGACCGGGCUACGUUGCCGAGCGUACCAGGACGUACGUCUUCUGAACGUGCCAUGGCGUGCUGCCGCAAGAACUUGCUGAACAACCCGAACCCCCCGUUUCCGGUCGCCUACCA